AUGGCGAAAGACAACCCCAAGAAGCAGGCAGCGGCAGCCAACGGAGUGAAGAAGCGCCCUGCCUUCACCUUUGCCAGCAUCAAGAGUGAGAUGAUCGAAGUCAUUGUCGGCAGCAGCAAGCAAAAGUACUGCAUCCACAAGGACAUCCUCUGUGCAUCUUCGCCUGUCUUUCAGAGGAGGUGCAACCGUGAGGCAAAGGGCACAAAAGCACUUCACAUAGAGCUGCUUGAUUCCAAUCCGACUCACUUUGAUGUCUACGUAGAGUGGCUCUACUUCGACCAACUGUUCACGGUAGAGACAGAGAACAAUUACAAAGGCAUGAACUGGGACAUCUUCCUCUCUGUGUAUUUGCUAGGCUACAAGCUGCAAGACCAGAAGUUCAAGGACGCCUGCGUGGAUAUUGCAUUCAACAACCCCACUGAUCGUGAACUUCUCAAGUUAACGAGCCAGACAAAAGCAAUGUACAAGGAGCUUCCACCUUCCGAUCAAUACCGUCGUCUAUUCGUGGAGUUCUGGGCUUACAGUGCGAACGAAAAUUGGUUCGCUCCGGCGAAUGCCAAGCAUUUGCGAGAUGCACCAAUGGAGUUCUUCCGGGACGUUGCGAAGGCGUCGAUCAGGAUUACUGACGGUUGUGCGGGUUCAUUCGGAGUCAGAUACUUCGACCAGUUCAAGCCCAAGCGUUCGGACUUCUGCGACGAAUCGAAGGAUACAACGAACGAGAACAAAGUCUGA